AUGUUUUCCAGGGCGAUGUCGACCCUAGUUUUCAUUGGCCUGGCGGCUGCAGCGACUACGCCAUGUGUCGGAACCGUCUCAUCCUUGGACGAUGUUGGUGCUGCUGUGAAGUGUACUACGGUCAACAUCAAUGGGUUUACCGUCCCGGCUGGUGAAGGAUUCACACUUUCCUUGGCAAGCGGUUCGACAGUGAACCUCAACGGUGAUAUAUUAUUUGGCAACAAGAGCUGGGCAGGACCGCUGUUCACCAUCAGUGGAACGGAUAUCACAUUCAACGGCAACGGACACACCUUCGAUGGAGGCGGGCCGUUUUACUGGGAUGGCCUUGGAUCCAACGGUGGUACGGAGAAACCGCGACCCAUGAUGAAGAUCAAGAUUUCCGGAUCGUUUGCCAAUGUCAACGUCGUCAAUUCACCGGCACAAACAUUCUCUGUCUCGAAUCCCGGUCCUUUGGUCAUCGAUGGCAUGAACAUCGACAACUCCCAAGGAGAUCUACCCAACGCGCAAAGUAACGGUCUCCCCGCCGGUAUCUCAUGCAUUCUAUUCAAGUUCGCAGCACGUAUGACGGCUAAUGUUCUCUUGCAAGGUCACAACACGGAUGGAUUUGAUGCUUCGACCACCGACCUGACCAUUCAGAAUAGUGUUGUUCAUAACCAGGACGACUGCCUCGCCAUCAACAAGGGUUCCAACAUCGUCAUCUCGGGAAACACGGUCGUGAAUAACGAUCAAGCCCUGCGCAUCAAGAUGGAUGCUACUGCUACUGGCUCAACCGUGACCAAUAUCACGUACUCAGGCAAUACUGGCACAGGAUUGCGUUUGUUCGGGGUCUUGAUCGACCAAAGCUAUCCCGAUACCCUCAAGACGCCCGGAUCUGGGGUCAUCCUUUCGGAUGUGAGCUUCACCGGGGCGACCACGCAAUUGAGCGUCAACAGCGGAGCGGACCGCGUCGCCGUGAAUUGCGGUGCAGGCGCUUGCACUGGUGCAUGGGACUGGAGCUCGCUCGAGGUUACCGGAGGCGCCGCCGGCCCGUUAACCACGGCCAGCGCCAAGAUUACAGGGUUCACGCAGUAGCUUGGAGAACAGGACGGCUUUCCAGCUUUACUACUACUAUGUACAUGCCAUCUCUGUGCAUUCCGAGUUGGAGAUUAUACAGAUCGUACGGAAGCAAUCGAUGCAAAACUCUAGGCAAUAAAGUUACAUGCUCGACAGCCUCCG